UGCCCCGGUCCCGGAAUGCCAUCAGUCACUACAUGUCAACCUUAAACACUUCAGCACCCACCUCGGAGGUGGCGGAGCCGCCUGAGGGCAGCGCGUUCCUGCCUCAUCGGGGCGGGAGCUGGAGGUGCCCUCAGGUGUGGGGGGCGUGGCCUGGGCGCUCCCUCAGGUGCAGGCGGGGGCGGCGCCUGGCGGUGCCCUCAGGUGCGGGGGACGUGUCCCGGCCGUGCCCUCAGGUGCGGGGGGCUUGGCCUGGACGUGCCCUCAGGUGGGCGCCGCCCUCCCGCCACUCCCGCCCGCCUCCCCUCAGGUGCGGGCGGCCCGAGGCGGCGGCGGCGGCGCUGCUCCCGAUGGCGGCCCCGGGCGGGCUGGGCCGCUGCGUGGCCGCCUUCUGGCUGGCACUGGCGUUCGACGCGCUGGGGCUGGCGGUGCUGCUGGCGGGCGUGUUCGCCGACGUGUUCUUCUCCGACCUGCUCAUCUACGCGGGCGGCAUCGGCAUCUUCCUCAGCCUCAUCUGGUGGGUGUUCUGGUACGCGGGCAACCUGGAGGUGCCGCCCGAGGAGCUGCGGGACGACGUGGGGCUGGCGGCGCCCAAGGGCCGAGGGGACACGCUGCUGCGGCGGCUGGUGCACGGGCUCAGCCUCCGCCUCACCACCGCGCUCGGGCCCGCCCGCCCCGCCGACAUGGAGCUGCAGCGCCCCGCGGGGCCCCGCGGCCGCCCCGCCGAGCCCGGCAGGGUCUGUUGAAGACAUACCUAUCCAAGUUACUGCCUCAAAAAGCGGGGAAAGUGCUGCAAAUUCUGGAAAGAGAAUUCCCUACUCAAAGCAAUAGGAUUCUCUCACUGUGGAAUAAUCUCUGCAAGCGUUGUGGACUCUGAAUACAAUGGACACAUGGAGCCAUAUCUCUGCCAAACACACCUAUUUCAGCGCUGGACUGGAUGUGCUUUGAAAUGGUGGGGAAAAGAAAAAACAACACAAAAUCACUUUAAGAAGUGAAAACUGAAAGAGAACUGAACCCAAUUCCCAGAAAAAUCUCUGCAGCUUGUCAUAUAGUUGUGUUUUUUAACUAUUAUUAUUUUUUAAAGCCUGGAAGGUUUGGAUAAAAAGCUCUUGCACAAUGAAAAGCUCUUGCACUGUUUUACCAAAGUCUGGAAGUUAAACCUACUGUGAAUUUUUAUAAUGCCAGUGCAAUACUUUUAUUUGUAAGGGUGCUUUUAAAAUCUAUAUUAAACUAUUGAUGCAAAGCUGCAAAUGCAGUAGAAGUUGUUUAUAGUGUAAAUACACAAUUUACAGUGUCUCUUGCUAAGUUUCAUUGUUAUUUUGGAAUAACCUGGAAUUUGAGAUUUUAGCAGUAGACAAGUAAAAUCAGCUAUAUUGUCACACCAGUACAGUCUUUGUAGUUGCAGGUGAUGUCAUCUGAUGACUCUUGCAAAAGGCAUUUUUAGUCCAGUAAUGUUGGGAAUUAUUCUCCUAAUGCUGAAGCAUUUGAGGGAAGGGACAAGACUAAAAGAAACUCUCUUGAUUAACAAAUACUCUGAAGCUUUAUAAAAUAUUAACAAACAGUACCUGGAAAAAGGACUCUUGUUGAUACCUAAAAUUUUUGUGUGGAGAAAUUCCUCAUGAGCUCCUCUGUUUCUGAACUAAGAGUCUGAGCCCACCAUCAGCAAAUACUGGUAGGUCUUGACAUUUCAAUGUACAACUGAUUUUAAGCCACACCUUACUGAAUACUAGAGAUGGAAUUAAGGAAAAUAUUUACUAAGAACACUGUGGCUGUACUUCCUGGUGAACUCUUGAAAUGUCUUUCAAUGUUUUCUUGUAAAUUACUGAAGUAACUUGUUUUCUGUGCAUAUUCUCUUCUUAAAUGUUUCCUAAAUGCCCUGUCUUUUAACAAGCUAAGAACACUAAAUUUGAAGGUCUGUAAUGUGAUUUUGUCUUUACUAACUGCAGUUUCUAGGAGGUGUAUGCAAUUGUUUCCUCCUUUUAAUGGAACUGCAAUUUGACACCACUGAGGUGCCACAAUGGUAUGACU